UGCAUCUCUUUUGGCCCCAGGGACUCGCCGUCGUCCGGCUGCGGUGUUCCCCGGUUGAGACGAUGGCGACUGGGACGCCGGAUUCGCAAGCACGAUUUGGUCAGUCGGUGAAGGGGCUUCUCACCGAGAAGGUGAACACCUGCGGGACCGACGUGAUCGCGCUCACCAAGCAGGUGCUGAAAGGCUCCCGGAGCUCGGAGCUGCUGGGUCAGGCAGCUCGAAACAUGGUUCUACAGGAAGAUGCCAUCUUGCACUCAGAAGAUAGUUUAAGGAAAAUGGCAAUAAUAACAACACAUCUUCAGUACCAGCAAGAAGCUAUUCAGAAGAAUGUUGAACAGUCACCUGACCUGCAGGACCAGCUGAGUCACUUAUUGAAGUAGCGUGUCACAACAGCAGUGGACUCCUUUGCCUGAUGCUGAGGAGGAGGUUGUGGGCUUGGUUCCCAUUUUCCUCUCCAAAAAUUCAUCCAGAAAAGACUUGUGGAAAGAAGCCAGGUGACUGAACUUGGAAUCACUUCUUUUGGUUUUUUGAGACAAGGUUUCUCUGUGUAGCCCUGCUAUCCUGGAACUAGGCUGGUCUCAGAGAUCCGCCUGCCUCUGCCUCCCAAGUGC